AUGGAAACGAUAUUAGAUGAAGAUUUUAUUAAUUUUGAAUCAGUUUCACAAUUGUGCACUUCGAUUCCAUUAAUUUCAGGAUCCGAUGAAGAAAUAAGUAUUUUGGAUGAUGAAAUUAAUCAAAGGGAACAAAUAAUUCAAGGUCAAAUUAUUAAAGGUUUAUAUGCAUGUAUAGAUUUAGAUUUAAAAAAUUUUAAAAUAAUUUUAUGGUUGAAAAGCUUUUUGGUUGUUUGUUGUUGUAGAUAA